AUGUUGAUGAGAGAGACAUAGAGAGAGAGAGGCUUUGGACUGGUUGGGGGGUUGCUCUUGAUGUCUGCCGGUAUAAGGCGGCAAUUCUGAUACUAUGAAAUACAUAAUACAUUGCUGAUAGCUUUUUGCAGGAAUGGCAAGGUUGAGUUGCUGAGGAGAUUCAUAAUGGUGAAUAUAAUACAUUGCUGACAGCUUUGAAUGUGUUCUUGGUUUUGAAGGAUUUUUUUUUUCUUUUUCGGAUUUGAUUUUGGUUUUGAUGAUCUUGAGUUAUUGGAGAGCUUUUAAGAAAUUGGAAAAACAGAGGGUGCCAUGGUAUUGGCGUUCAAAUUGCUGGAAAGAGACUUAAUGCUUGAUCACUCUGUCAACUCCUCAGUGUAGGAGUGGAGGACCUAAGCAUCAGGUCCGAUGAAUGUGUCCGUUAGGAUAUCUCAGGGAAAAGAAACUCUUUUAAGGAAAAGAAAAGCUAUGCACUCAAUGCUGAUACCGAAUGAUACACAUAUACAAAAGGGAUUAUCUCAGUACUUUUACUCUAAUUCUACCAGAGUCCUUGUAUCAUUACUCUGAUUAUACAUGCUCGGACAAAGUCUCUCCCUUUUGCACUUGCUGGGUGUAGACAAUCGCCCAGCAUCCGCCAAUUAUGGCCAUGCCACACUCAGCUUUGGCAGAGGCUGGAUGAACUGGUUUGGUCCCAGGCGGUCCAUCUUGUUCACCUUCUACAAGGAUAUCAAAGGGAGAUGCCACAUCAAUAUUGGAGGUAUUAGUUUACUCAGUUUCUGUUAGAAAGUCUUGGGGAACUUCAAAAAAUUUGUUUGACGGAGGUACUUGCUGAGGGUCAACCAAUUGCUGAAUAUGCUUUAGAGAUGGGCUGAUCCUGAAUUUGUGUUUUGGUUUUUUAGUAAAUUAGUAGUUGAAUGUAAUGUUUUGUACGAAAAAAAUGGCGGUUUCUUUUAAUAGAAAGUAAGGAUUGCAUAGUAUACAUAAUUAUAUAUAGAUAGAUAUAUAUAUAUAUAUAUAUAAUCCUUUUCUUGUGUAUGUUUUCUUCUUUAUUAAUUGAGAAAGUUGAGGAGCUGCUUUUAAGUCUGCUUGCAGUUUUUUCUGUAUGUGUUUUGGAUGCAAAUAUAUCAUUAGCAAUGAGGAAUCCUUUGUCACUUUGUCUUCUAAUGCCUUUUCAUGGUGGGCUGAUAAUCUUGAAUUCUUCUAUGGGGAUAUAUAUUAUAUAUUCUGUCGUUUUGUAAGAAUAGUAACCUUAUGUCUCUGAAUUAUCUUACUAAAGAUCUCUGGUUUAGUUGUUGAUUAUCGAGUAAGAUUUAAAUAAAGGGUAUGUAUAAUAUUGCUUUGUUCCUUGACAUGUGAAGUUUUACCCUAGUGGUUGGAGUGUUUUAAUGUGAUAAGAAGCAUGUUUCUUCCCAUGAAGUCGAUUCAAGUGUGCGCACAUCAAAUGAUUUUAAUCUUUACCUGUCAGCUAAAGCAAUUAUUGCUUUUGUCAUUAGUUUUUUAGAGGAGAUUUGAAGGGAUUAGGAUACAUGAUUUUAAUGGGGCCAUGGUGUUAGUGGGGUUGUCUAUUCCCACAAAGAAUAUAUUGCUUGAUCUCUAAAGUUAUUUGCAGGUGUACCCAUGAAAAGUUCUUUACAGGCAUAUUGUAAAUUGUUUAUUGUAUAUAUCACAAUGUGACACUUAAUGAGCCUCUAAAAUAUCCUUUAACAGACCCCCAACCCUCACCACCUCUACUCUCUGACAGUUGAGAGGCUUCAUAAAUACAGGCAGGAGAAUUCAAUUAGUAAGUGCCUCGAUCUGUGUUGAAAUUCUUGCAAGUUAAGUAUGGGCCUUAUGUAGUUUUCACAGAACACGGAUAGAUGGGUUUUCCACAGGCUCCAAGCCCUCCUCACCAAUACUCAGAAGCAAUUCAGCUGAAGCUAUACCAGGCAUUCAUAUUUUCAAUUCCCAUACUCUUUGCAAUCAUUCUUAUUCUCCUGUUCUACUUAUUUUACCUCAAGAGAAGAGCCUCUGGCACAUCGGCAUAUCCACCAGUUCUUCCGAGGACUAUAAACGAUGUGAACAUCACAGCGCCUUCUCCUGGCAGUGAUAUGAAAGAUGUGAAGAUCAAGCUGUGUGCAGUUUUGUUUGAUGAAUAUAUGAAGAGACAGGAUACACAAGUGAUAGGUGCUGUGUGUGCUUGGGAGAGUAUGAGGAGAAAGAGGAGGUGGUGCAGGUGCCAUCAUGCAAGCACAUUUUCCACAUGGAUUGCAUCCACCACUGGCUCCAGAACAACUCAACUUGCCCACUUUGUAGAGCCCCCGUUGUCUCUACCAACUCCUCCAAGUCACCCCACCACCACCACCACCACCACCACCAGCCACCAACGCCUGCUUCUCCACCAAAUCUUAUGUUUGAAGAGGAAGACGACAACAGCAGCAGCAUCAGCAACAACUUUAAUGACCUUCAGCUACAGCAGCAGCAUAGUUCGAGGAGAUCCCAAGGACAAUCAUCAAACAACAGCAGAUGUUGAGGCUACAUUGUUGUGGCACAUCUAUCUAUACCUAUAUAUAUAAUACACAACACAAGUUGUGCCUUGUGUUUUUACUCUGUGUCGAGUAUAGCAAGAAAACCUGAAAUCCCUUGUAUGCUUAAAGGCAAAAGUCAGAAAAAUGCAUCAAGGAAAUGUGAUAAA